AUGGCCAGUCCAAGGACGAGGAAGGUUCUUAAAGAAGUCAGGGUGCAGGAUGAGAAUCAGGUCUGCUUUGAGUGUGGCGCCUUCAGCCCUCAGUGGGUCAGUGUCACCUACGGCAUCUGGAUCUGUCUGGAGUGCUCCGGGAAACACCGCGGCCUGGGCGUGCACCUCAGCUUUGUGCGCUCAGUGACCAUGGACAAGUGGAAGGACAUUGAACUGGAGAAGAUGAAAGCUGGUGGAAACGCCAAAUUCCGGGAAUUCCUGGAGUCCCAAGAGGAUUAUGACCCCUGCUGGUCAAUGCAGGAGAAAUAUAACAGCAAGGCUGCAGCGCUUUUCCGGGACAAGGUGGCCACCCUGGCUGAAGGCAAAGAGUGGUCCCUGGAGUCAUCUCCUGCCCAGUCCUGGACCCCACCACAGCCCAAGACACCACUGCCCACUGCUCACCGAGCGGCUGGCCAGCCCCACAGUGUGACGGGCUCCUCUGACAAGGCUUUUGAGGACUGGCUGAACGAUGAUCUUGGGGCCUAUCAGGGGGCCCAAGAGAACCGCUAUGUGGGGUUUGGUAACACGGUGCCACCACCCAAGAGAGAUGAUGACUUCCUGAACAAUGCCAUGUCCUCCCUGUACUCGGGCUGGAGCAGCUUUACCACUGGGGCAAGCAGGUUCGCCUCCGCAGCGAAGGAGGGCGCCACGAAGUUUGGAUCUCAAGCGAGUCAAAAGUUUUGGGGCUCCAAGCAGCAGCCAGAGCCGGCUUCCGAGUUGGGUCACAGUCUGAAUGAGAAUGUUCUCAAGCCUGCCCAGGAGAAGGUGAAAGAGGGAAGGAUUUUGGAUGAUGUAUCCAGUGGGGUCUCUCAGCUGGCAUCCAAGGUUCAGGGGGUCGGCAGUAAAGGAUGGCGAGAUGUGACAACCUUCUUCUCUGGGAAAGCGGAGGAGCCCUGUGACAGACCCCCAGAGGGCAGCAGCUACCAGAACAGCAGUGGGGACCACGUCCAGGGCAGCACCGUCAACCAGGGCUUCUGGGAGACCUUCGGCAGUGCUGAUGCCCCCAGGGCCCACCAGUCCCCAAGCAGCAGCAGCUGGACAUGCGCAGACAACUCGACUGAGCGCAAGAGCUCGGACAGCUGGGAUGUCUGGGGCUCAGGCACCGGUUCCAACCACAGGAACAGCAAUAGCGAUGGCUGGGAGAACUGGGAGGCUGCCGGGGAGGGUGCUGGGGGAGAGGGCCGGCCCAGGGCCGGGCAGAAGGCCAUACCACCCCCUGCCCCUGCCGAUGAAGGCUGGGACAACCAGGACUGGUAG